AUGACGUUCAUCACGCAGCAGACGACUCCGUCAUAAUAAUCUGAAGCAGACGCAUUUUUCGCCGACGAUGUCUUCAAAGCGUAGAAAGCAAAAUAAACCGGUUAAAGCCGCUUUUAUUAAAGAAAAUGAAGGAAGUCAUUUGGAAACAAAUCCACCGACCACAAGGAGCCGGAGCAGGAGAAGAGCAGCCAUGACCCAGCGCAGAAAGAAACAACAAAAGCAAACCCCUGAGCCUGCAGCACCCCUGAGACGAAGUACAAGGAAACGAAAGAAGAAGCAGUUCUUUUAUGCAACAAAGACCAAUAAGGCGACUACUCCAUCCCCACCCAGAUCCAGAAAACGGAAGGUCUCGUCAAGCGAAUCGGAAUCUGAUAACGAAGCCAACAGCAUCUACUCGUCACAAUCAGAUGACGAACAGUCAGAUGGGGGAGAGUCUAGUGGCUUGGCUCUCUUGGCCGCAGUGUCCAAUGCCGACCAGGCACUGGCAAACAAGAGACAACAGCAGUCUGGGAGGGCCAGGAGAGAUGCGUCGACCCCUGAGGCAGCUCUGGGGCGUAAGCGAGAGCAGUCAGUCAAGUACAGGGGCUUCUCCGUCAGCAGGAUCAGGAAGGGUUCCCCGUCCAAGCGGCAGAAGACGGUCCUGGACGUGGACGUGCUGCGCAAGUUCUCCAUCGCAAAGCUCAUCAGUCAGUUCUCGGUGUACUCCUCCAUGAAGGUGCCCAAGGAUGCCUUCAGCACCACUGUCAGACACUCCUACACCUGCACCAUGCUGCCCGGUAUCUGCAAUGAGAAGUUUUGCGGCCUCCUGGCCGACACCAAGAACCAGAUCAAACGCCACCUGCUGCGCCACAUUGGGGAACUGCUGACCAUGACCACACAGAAUAGCCCAAGUUUUACAGCAGAUCAAAAGCCCACAAGUGAUGGUUCAGACAUGGAAGACACGGCACAAGUACAAAAGGAAACGGACAUGGUGACCUAUGCCAUCCCAUCAGGCACAAGGCACGUCACUGUCAACCUGCCCAGAUCACUGGACAUCAAGGAGUCCAGCUACACCCUGAUCCGUUCAUCGGCAGGGGUCAAUGAGGUUGUGCUGCUACCUAAGGGCUGCCUGGUCAGCCUGGCCAGCGUGGUGGAAGAGCUCAAACCCCACCAGUUCGGCAAGUCGCCUCCUGGGAAGUUAUCCCCGUUGAAAGUGGAGCAGGACUGGAUGGAUGAGGAGGUCAUCGGGUCUGAUAACGAUGACGACGGCGAUGUCAAUGACGAGAACAAAGAUGAGAUCAUGGACGAGGAGAGACUUGUGGAGAACUUCCUGAAAGAGGUCAUCCAAGAUGACGAAUGCUCCAUGCGCCAAGUACUGGGCGCCACCACCCAGUUCAUGGAUUCCAACGUAGAGAGCAACGUCAUUGCACCAGAAUCCCAGACAGUGGAGUGCGACAUUGAGAUCCGAACCAAACGGAAGAAAUACACCAAGAGGUACGAUCUGCCACGGGAGGUUGGCAAGUGCCAAAAGACCACGGAGAGACCCAACAGGAAGCAGGCGUCGUCUAAAGGCAUCGAGGGGGUAGAACCCCCACAUGCUGACCAUAACUAUGCCUUUAAUAUCUUCGGCACGCAUGCGGAGGCUGAUCAAAUGGCGAGUCCACAUACAGAUUCACGUGGCCAGCCGAUUUCAGAGCCGGAAGUGUCAGACAAUGAGAUGGUGUAUCUACUCCCACGGCAUCAGGUGAAUGCACGCAAAGCUAAAAGACUAAAGAAACCAAGACCUCAGAGUAUCAAGAACAAACGAAAGAUCAAGAAAGAACCUAAGCCACCUACAGAAGAGGAUACCAAAAAUAAGACAAAAGCCUUGGAGAUACUGAGCCUCUUGAGCCAGAAGUCCAGGGAUAGGAAAGGUCCGUUCACCUGCGAAAUCUGUGGUAAAAAGGUGACAGCGACGGGAACACUCCGUGCCCACUAUCGCAGCCAUGCAGGAAUCAAACCGUUUGAAUGCGGCCAGUGCUCGGCCACCUUCACCCGUCUCCACAGCCUCAAAUACCACCUGAUGAUCCACAACGAACAGACCCGCUUCAUGUGCGACCACUGCGGCCGGGAGUUCCGGCACUCCAGCCACUUCCGGGAACACCUGCGGCGCCACACGGGGGAGGAACCCUACGGCUGCACCGACUGCCCGCUGCGCUUCAAGACCAGGAACACCUACAAGAGACACCUGAAGGCCAAACACCAGAAGAAGCUCACAGCCAAGGGCAUCUCACUGAUCAUCAAGAAAGAUAAAGAUUAAAAAUCAGGAUCCCUAACAAAGGACAUUUGAAGCCAAAUACCAGAGAAGUAUCACAGCCAAGGGCAUCUCACUGAUCAUAAAGAGAUUAAGACCAGGAACAGCUACAAGAGACGCCUCAAGGCAAGACAGAUAAGACUAAAGGCCAGGAUCUCCUAAAAGGGACACCUGCAGACCAGAAAUUAAAAGAAACUCACAUCCAAUAGCGUCUCACUGAUCAUCAAGAAAGAUACAGACUAAGAACAGAACACCUACAUAGGACAACCAAAGACCAAACACCAGAGAAACUCACAGCCAUGGGUAUCUCACUGAUUAUCAAGAAAGAAAAAGACUAAGCACAGGAACACCUAGUACAUAGGACAACCAAAGGCCAAACACCAGAGAAACCCACAGCCAAGGGUAUCCCACAUAUCGUCAAGAAAGAUAAAGACUAAGAACAGGAACGCCUACAAAGGACAACCGAAGCCCAAACAUCAGAGAAAAGUCACAGCCAAGGUAUCUCACUGAUCAAGGAAGUCAGACUAAAAACCAGGAUCUCCCACGAAGGACACCUGAACGCUAGAUGCUCAAAGUCAGUUUUCUAUACUACAGGUAUCAUCCUAAUGGCUGGUACAUGUACUUAACUAUUUUUUUCUACAUUUAUUUUCAAUACACUGGUAUAAUUACAGGUAACGUUCCGAGUCACACUGAUUCACUUAAACCAUUAUGUUUACAAGCCAUAAUGUCCACGUCUUCUCGAAUGGGCUUUAUCCCAAAAUUCAUCCUGCGAACCAUGAGGCUUGAAAAUCACAGCCCUUGUCAUUUUGAAGUUGCCCAGGUCUCUGCAAAUACAUCAA